AUGAUGUUUAUUAAUGCAAACCCCCGAGUUGUCUCGAAUGGCUUCGGAAGCUUUGUCCCAGUUCAGAGAACGGAGUCUUUGCAUCAAAGACUUGUAGAAAUGACGAACAACGAUGUCAACGCAUGGAGUGUAUUCAGGCCCGUGGCAUCUACAAACGAUAAUUGGGACCAACAUAUUGGUGAAUUCAACAACGAGAAUCUACCGGAACACUUCGUAUACGGUGGAUACUUCCAAGAAGCUUCUCCUUUGGCCGUUACCCAACCCGCCCACUUACCAAAGACGACCCCAUGCAGCAAUUCGCGGCAAGGUCAUAGCCAACCUCGGAAGGCCUCGGCAUCACUUCAAGCAUAUCACGAGCCAGUGUUGGAUAUGAACUACGUCCAGAGACCAAAUCCAAUGCUCGGAGCUCCCUAUUUACAAUGGGGUACAGACCACGGGAGAGGGAGCUUCGCAGAGUUUUCGAGCUCACGAUGUGGUCUCAAAGACUUUUCAUAUCAAGUCUCCAGCCAGCCAGACAUUGCCGCGUUCUCACCAGCAUCACCGAUAGCGCAAGCACAACGCUCCUACAUGGAAACCAACUCGACAAUGAAUGAGCUUAUGGAUACAAAAACUUGUGACGACAUCGCAUAUGACAACUUGACAUCACACGGCGCAGGUAUUAAUCAGCAAUCGAUGAUUCCCCACGUCGAGCCAUCCGCCGUUGACAACACAGUAAAGACAACAUGGUGGUCAGAAAAUGCCCGAAGCGCCGAUAACCAGUAUCAUAACACUUAUGGGCUAUUUCCGACCAACGAUGGACUUCCAAGACUUCAGGAUACACAACAAAAUCAAGAACUUGGGGACGUUUGGAAUAAUGGACCCAUUUCAGGGAAUUCUUGGGCGUCACGAGCCGCGGGCGCCCAAAGUACUAUUUCACCCAAGUUGCUAACUUUGGAUGCCCCAUCAGCGCCUAUGUCAUCAUCAGGAUCGAGCCAAGAAUCUGCCAUCUCACGCUCUGAUUGCAGCUCCGCUCCCAGUAUUGAGGAAGAUGCGUCGGACUUUUCGGGGCCUGAGACAUUAGCAGUAGUCGAGCAACCGGUGCCGAUUCGUCCGCCUCGACAGAUACUCCCAGAUUCGCAGCCCAGUCCUCGCAGAGCUUUGUCCAUUCCGCCCAGUGAUAAUUUCGAUCCAGCACAGGCAGCCAAGAGGCGUUCAUCGAGGCGUACAUCUGCCAGCCUAUCCCGAAAAAGGGACCAUUCUCAUGGCAACAUAAAUGCAAAGUUCCAAAGAGAGUCUAGGCUCUCUGAAUUGGCCUCCCCAAAGUUCAAUACACCAAAGAAAAUUGAGCCAAAGCCUCUUCCAGAAGAAACAUUCUGGGCGGCGUCGAAUCAAUCAAGUGCAACCGCACAGGCCAUACACCAUCGGGACGCCAAAGAUGAUUACCUAGUGAGGUCGAAGCUGGCUGGCAUGUCUUACAAAGAUAUACGCAAACAAGGGAAAUUUACAGAGGCAGAAUCGACGCUGAGAGGGCGGUUCCGUACAUUGACAAAGCAUAAGGCCGCUCGAGUGAGGAAACCGGAGUGGAACGACAACGAUGUGCGACUAUUGAAUAGGGCUGUGCAAAAGUUGACUAGUAGUUCCGAUCUGUCGAGAAACAAAGUUCCUUGGAAGUCGGUCGCUGAAUACAUUGCCAAUAAUGGUGGGUCUUAUCAUUUCGGCAAUGCCACUUGUCGAAAACGUUGGGAUGACCUUCACGGUCGGUCGGAGUAA